AUGAACAGACCAUAUAAACACUACGGCAACCGGCCAUGGAAUCGAAUCUCGCACGCUCCACGGCCGAAUCCUCCUCCAUAUCCUCCGCCUUUGCCACCGCCACCUCCGCCGCCCAUUGAGGUGUCCGAGACGACCAAGAUCAAGCUGAAGAAGUUCCAGUUUCGUGAGAAGAAAAACAAGACGGCGAAAGCGAAGAAGGCUGCAGAGAAGUCUGUCGACGUCGACAAGUCCGUCAUCAACGCAGCCAACACGAAAGGAGGCCCCGUGCAGGCAGUCGAGGUUGACGAGAUCCAAGCUGCUGCAAUGGCACCAGCUACGGCCUCGAAGAAGGCCAGCCAAAAGACAGGCCAGCGAGAUAGCCAGCGAGACAGCCGGAAGGGGAGCCAGCCGCGACAAGCAAGCCAAACAAAACCCAGCUCGAUACGACCAGGAGACGCGGCAUCGAUAGCAACAUCCGCACCGCCACACUUGGACAAGGAAAACGACAUUGCAAAAGAUGACAAGGAUGCUACGACCAACGGGGCCACGGCCUCAGCCACCGGCGACCUCCCCAGCACACAGCCGAGCAAAAUCACGCCCACGGUUGCUGCCACGCCCGAGUUCUUGAGCAUCCACGUCCGCACACCCCGGGCGCGCUUUGCUUGGCAGGAGCUCGUCGGCACGCCCGACACCCCCAAGAUCCGCGAGUCUCUCGGCAUCUCGCCCGACGCCAAGCUGUCCUGGUUGACCGGCCAGAAUCAUGAUCCCUCUCCUGUCGCUGCCGCCGUCGCUGCCGCCAAGCAGAAACAGGGCACCAAGCGUCCGCGCAGCUGCAGCCCGCCCUCGUCGCCCACCAACUCACGCUCCAAAAGGGUCGCCGAGAAUGUGCAAAAGUUCAAAGAGGUGAUGGCUUCGGCCACGGCGGCCAACCUGGCACUCGAGGACCGCUUCCCGCGGAAACACAACGGGCUGGCACGGCACCGGACCGAGGUCGGGCGGUCGACUGUGCGUAGCUUGGCCCCGGGGGCCGACUCGUCGGGAAUUGGGCUGGAACGGCAGGCCAACCUGCCUGCAGCAAACGGACCAUCACCACGAACUGCGGCCGGCUUGAGACGCUCCAUGAGCUGUAACACGACGUUGACGACACCGACAACAAAGCGGCGAAAGACAGACGGCAACGACCUGGUUGCUGCACCAAGCCCACACGAGACGAUACCACAGCCACGGCAACCAUCCGUACCACAAGAAUCACGCCCACUAAGCCGGCAACAAGCAUCAGCACCACCUCCUUCAUCACGGCAAGAAGAGACACUGGUAGAAGACGAGCUGGCAGACCAGGUUGAUACGGUCGAUAUGGUCGACGCAGAGCCACCUGUUCGGCCUGCCUCACCCGUGUCUCUUCACCGGCUAUCCCUCACCGUCAACGACAAGUCUUUUCGAGAGAAAGAUCCCAGUAUACCAGAUACAGAGUCCAACGGCAAGCCUGCCACCACUGAACCAACAGAAACAACGGACGCAACAGAAAUGACAAAAAUGACAGAAACCAAGACCAAAGACCACGUGUCCGACUACGGCGACGAUGUCUUUGACGACUUUGACGACCUUGAUGACAACCUCUUUGACGACGACAUGCUGGCCGAGAUCGAUGCUAGUCUGGCGCCCCCGAAGCGAUCCGACACGGAAACGAAUGUGGUUGCCGCAAGAAUGGCCGAUGCCGGUGCUGAGGACGAGUUUGGCGACCUGGGCGACGGCCUCGAUGACGACGUAUUUACCGCGGUGACCGCUGCAGAGAACUCUACCACCAAGAAGAACCAACAGCAACAACCCAUUGACCUCACAAGCUCAAUACCCCGGGCCGACGACACCGUCGACACCAAUGCCGCCUACACCAAGCCGGCGCCUGCCGCUGCGCCUGCAGCCCAACCAGGAGUGGCUGACAUGGAGGACAUGUAUGGCGGCGACGACUUUGGGGAAGACUUUGAUUUCGAGGCCGCUGAACUUGCUGCCACCCAAGCAGCCAGCCGUGCCGGCCCAGCGUCCACAGCCUUUACGCCCUGGGCCAAUACACAAAGCGUAUGA